CGUACCGACAUAAUGAAGGUGUUUGUGGUGUCAAUUUUGUUCGCGGUGUUGAGUGGUGCCACUUGCAGCGUAGUGGCGUGGCCGGGUGCGGUCUCACUGUCAGCGCGGGGAUUCCCACUAUCAGCGGGUGCGGUCCCACUGUCAGCGCGGGCGUUCCCUCUGUCGGCGGGUGCGGUCCCAGUGUCAGCGUCCUACGUACAGAAUGUGGUGACACCACAAGUUAAAGCAUUCGGCUACUCCACCAGUCAGUACAUCAGCUCGGCACCAUCAUCACUCUCAUUCGGAUACCAACCCCAGAUCAGCUACCAGAGCUACCAGAUCCCAGUGAGCCACUACUACCCCCAGCAGAUCCAAACCUACAGGCCGAUCGUCGCGCCGGCUUACUACCCGACCACGUCUCUCUUUUACCCGACUCUAUCUCCUGCUCCCGUCGCCCCCGUCUCUCCCGUCCAACGACCGCAGACAGAAGCUCCGGUUCGAGGGGACGAGGAUACCGCUAUAGUGGACUCAGCUGAGUUCCCUCAACAGCAAACGUUUGCGCCCCAGCCUCAGGCCCCGGGCAACGACUACUUGCCUCCUACGAGUGCUCCAGCUCAAGAGCCGUCCGACCCCAACCCCGCUGACCAACAGAUGCCAUCCUACCCCAACCCCGCUGACCAGCAGAUGCCGUCUGACCAGCAGAACUUCCCGGCCGCCGACAACAACGACCAAGGCCUGAAUGACGAAGACACCAUCUCUGUUGAAUCCGCCUAAAUCUAU